UGAAAAAUAAACUGGUAUUUCCUAAUGAUUAAUAAUUGAGAUUAUUUUUAAAAUAUAGAAACAAUAAGCAUGUGUUGCAUUUGUAUCAGUGUGAUACUAUCAAAUAUAUACAGACUGUGAAAAAAUAUGCUAAGCAACCGAAAUGGAAUCAACGUAGCGUCUACUUUUCUGCUGAUAUUUACAAUAUUUGGAAUAUCACAAAAUCACGUACACUCCGUUACCGAAUUUCAGCACCUCAACUUUCGUUUUCUGGACAAAAAAUCAUCAUUACAAUGUAUAAACUGCACAAUUGUUACUUUAAAACAAAAAACAUUCAAUUUUUCAAUUGGUAAUGUUUUUAAAAUUGAUCUUAAUAAUAAUCAAAUUAGUAAUAUAGAGAAAGGAGCGUUUGAAAUGUUUACAGAUUUGACUUACAUAGACUUGAGUAAAAAUAAAAUUAGUAACAUAUCUAGUGAUACAUUUCAUAGUUUAAGUAAAUUGAAACAUUUAAAUUUGGGGUAUAAUGACAUAAUUUCUUUCGAAAACGUUUUUUCUAAUAUGAGUAAUUUACAAAUAUUGAAUAUGGAGCAUAAUAAACUUGAAAAUUUAAAUGGGAAUGAAUUUAGAAAUCUGCCGUUUCUCAAAAUUAUAAAUUUAUCUAAUAAUCGUAUAAAAUUAUUAAAAUUGAAUUUUAACACGUUUAAUAACGUGCGUGUUAUUUUACUACAUCACAACAAAAUCGAGGUUAUUAAUAAAGAAAGUUUUCAAGAAAUUUGGUAUGUGAUCACCUUAGACUUGAGUUAUAACAAAAUUAAAAAGAUCGCGUCACGAUCAUUAUUAUCAUUUCACAAUUUGGAAAAUUUGAAUAUUUCAUUUAAUAAACUACAUAGCUUGAGCUCCGAUCAAAUUAGAAGCUCUAUUAAUUUAUAUUCACUCAAUGCUUCUUACAACGAGAUAGAAAUAAUCAAUAUUACCGAUUUCUUUUCUUCACUUUCCGUAAAAUAUCUUGAUAUUUCGAAUAAUUAUAUAUGUAAUUUCUUAUCAUCUAUUUUUAAUCAAUUUUCAUACGUCUAUAUACAAAACAAUUAUUUAAGUUGUGAGAAAGAAACAGAAAUCAAAAAAGAUUUACAUAUAAAAGAUGACAAUUUUUUCGGUAGCACCAGCUGUAAACAAUAUAAUAAAAAUAGAACAUUCAUCGAUAAAGAAGCUAAAUGUAAGUUGAAAGGAAAUGAAGGUAACGAAGUAAUUGUAACCGUGAUCACCAUUAUAAUUAGCGCACCUCUAAUAAUCAUUUUAUUGUAUUGUGGUUUCGUUAAAAAACGAACUUUAUGUCGUAAUACUUAUUUCGAAGACCCAGGCAUCUAUGGUGAUCAAUGGAAGUCCCCUACAAAUGCUGAUAGAGCCUUAGACAUCAUUGAUUCUGUUGUACACGCACUUACUUCGUCGUCCGAUGCAGAUAAUGAUAAUUAGAGUGGAGAGAUUCAUUGACAAUUUAAUUUUGGAUUUGAAAAUAUUCUCAUCAAAUCUACCUUCGUUAUUGGCAUAGUAUGUCACCUUGGGUAUUGGUACCAGUUUUUUUUGUAUUAGGUGUCUGCCUCAUUGUUAUAAUAUAUGCCAUAUGCAUGGGUUGUUCAGGAUACAAACCAUUCCAAUCCAAACGAAAUCAAGCCCACCAACAAGACACUAAACCUUCCAGUAAUGAACGCCCUUCAUAUUAUCAUGAAGAUAAUGAAUAUAAUCACCACUUCGAACGUCAUAGCAGUAAUAGUGAUGAUGCAGAAUCAGUACGUCUUAACGACGAUGUUAAUGAGAAACACGACAAUACCGAGCAUACUGUUUCAACAGAUGUAGCUGUAGAUAUCGCAAGCGGCCUUAGAGAACUUACAUCGUUUGCAGGUGGAAACACCGGUGGGGAUAGUAAUGUCAGUUUUUCGCAUCAUUCUAGCGAAGUUGGUAAUGAAUCGUCGCAUAUUUCGACUCCAGGAGAUACUUUUGGAGGUUCUACAUAUGAUUCUGGUGGUGGUACCAGUAACGACGCUGGGGGAAGUAGCUAUAUCGAGUAAACUAAAUUUACAGUUUAUUAUCAAUUUUGAGUUAGAAUUAUUUAUUAGAUAUGUAAAAUGCAUAAUCAAAUAUUAUAAAUUAUAACUCACUCAGUAUAAAAAUCUUUAAUAUGGAAUAUGCUUUGAUGUAUUUCAUAUUACUUGGAGACUUACGUAUCAUAUAUACGAUAAAAAUUAACUCAACCUAACCCAACUUAACCUAACUUUUCUUUGCUAGUAAUGCACGCAUCCAAAUUAUUCAAAUAUUCAUAACAAGAAGCAUUUCUAGAAGACUUCUUUCGGAAUGGUACCUAUUUGCUUUGUUGUAGGUGACUAAAUGACAGAAAUGGGGCAGAAAUGAUUCUCUUUUAGCACGUUUUUAAUUUGUGGUUAGAGGCUGCUAAACCGUCCUCCCCAAAUAAAAUUGUGAAAAAAGACGCCUUAUCGGCGCCCACGGCUAAUCCAGACAAUAAAUUGAAACCAGGAAACCUGACAGUUCUCCUUAGAGUCAUUAACGUAUAAAUAGUGACAAACCAAGGAGCAAAACAAUUAGCAUAAAAGACACAGACAUCCUAUUUGAAGUGAAAAUCAAUGACCGUCAAUCAUGGGCCAAUAAAGAUCUUCUGCAAGCUUGAAAUGCAUCUUUAUGGUAUACAGAUGGUUCGCAGCUGGCGCAAGAAGCUAGGUAGAGGUACUAGCAAUAGAUAGAUACUUAGGAGUGUUUGGAUAGAAAUCUCUUCAGAAAGCACAUUCUCUCCGAUAUCCAAGCGGUCUUGAAAGUCCUGAAAUAAACAAAGUAACCCUAAUAUGGCUCUAGUUGCCAAAAAAGAGCAACGACUCCAGAUCCCUGAUGUGUCCUCGUGAGAUGCCACGUCAAUUGGAAAUGAGUCUUAGGAGGAACAUUCCAUGCCUCAGACAAUCCAAAAUAGUCAUAACCAUAUCAAAUAAGAAGACUGAGAAGACUGCGAAUGUCCUGUACAUUGCAUCUAUUGCCUUGAGAAGAGACAUAUAAGAUUCCCAGAAAAUAACCUCUUUUGGAAGGAGCCUGUGUAUUUUGUAAGCAGAGCAAUCAGAUAAAGAAUCUUGUAUAAAAUAUCUUCUAGGUAUAGAUGCAUAGUGGCUAAAAAGCUCAAUAUACAAUCUACAACGUGAAUUUGAAUAGUCAAGAUUUUUAGUGGGCUAAAGCUUCUCAAAUAAAAAACGGCUUGUAGGACAGCGCGUUGCAGUGAUUAAAAAGAAAGCCGUUGGUCCAUUCUUAGGUCUAUUUCCUACGCUCCAAAGGUUCACUCAUUUUUUGUACAUUAAAAACUGUUUUUGAGGUCGAUGGACGUCCCAACAGGUCUUUGCCAUUGAUUCAUUUUUACACAAAAAUUGUAGUUAUAAACAGGUUUCAAUGUUACAAGCCGAAACAGGCUCGAACUAUACUAAACUGCUGUAAAAUUUUUGUCACUGUAUUUCUCAUCACACCUCGUAUGCUAAAGUUAUAUCGUAAACUGUAACUGGUCGGAAUAUAAGUUUCAGCCAAUAUUUGAAAAGAAUUGAUGUUUAGAUAUCAGCGGCUAACAAGCUAGAAACGUUCUGUAUAUAACUCGUUAUUCUAUUUGCUUUUCCUGAUAAAAAUUUCCUAUCUCUUGUAUACGUUUAAUUUAUAUGUUUACUUUCCAAAUAUUCUCUUUUCUUCCUUGAAAUAGAACAUAAAUACAUAUUCAAUGGAUUUUAUACACAAUAGGUAACAGAAAACAGUCCAGCCCGAUGUUUUACAAUAUUUUAUUGUGAAGUGUACAAAUCUUUGCAAUACAAAUAUCUGUAAUUUGUAGUACUUUUACAUCAAAUACCUAUAGUAACUGAUAGUGAAUAUAUGUAGUAAGAGUUUACUAAUAAAUCAAAGUUAAAAUAUUUCAAACUAUAUAUUUUUAUUCAUAAAUGAAAAUGUUUAAAUAGAAAUCUUGUAAAAUGUGCCUAAACUCGAAUCGAGUCCAUAAUCAAUUUUUCACAAUCGUACUGGUUUUAAUUAGUUCUGAUGAUAUAAAUAUCCGUCAUAAUUAUACAGCAUGUUUUUAACCUUUUAGAGCACGUUCAAUCUAGUUAGGACUGGUUUAUGUAUACAACAAAUCCGAACCACUCAAAUAAUUUGUGUUUGUAUAUUUUUAACUACUUUGUGAUAUUAAAUUCAAACCGUGAACAUUUUGUUUUUUAUUUCUUGCGGAUACUUAAUUUCCUUCGAAGCUUUCAAAUCAACUUACUUUAGUACUUAUAUUUAUAAAUGGUACAUUAUUAAUAGGUAGUAUCUAUUUGAAACAAGAAAUUGUAAGUCUACGUGCCGAAUAAAUAAAUCAUGCAUAAUAAAUUUCAAUCUACCCUCGUAUACCCGAAUUCUCAAAUAUCAGAUAUUUAAAAUUCAUUUACGAAACUCGUAACAUAACCAAAUAAACCAAGAGGUCAGUUCUGUUUUCAACAAGUAAUACGAUAGACGAUUUGUUCCCGUAUGUCUAUAAAUAUAAGAAUUACAACAGCCUUUUACUGAAAAAAUGUGAUACAUGUUUUAUCAAUUAAGAAGCUGAGAUGGAUGAAGUCACGUCGAUAUUUAUUAUUCUCUUCAUCCUAAUGGUUAUUAUUAUAAUAAUAAUUGAGGUGUGUAAAGCCAAUAGACAAUCUACAUACCAACACACUUACAGCAUCCCCGUGCGUCAACAACCCGCAAAAUUUGUACCACAAUAUAGAGUUUACACACCUUUCAACACCAUGUAUGCAAGAAACCAAAACACAACUGUCCAUCAUGUUCAUCAUGUCGUGGAUGAUUCUGAUCAAAUGUCUGCCAUCAACUAUACAUUGUCUGUUCCAGAUGAUAACGAAGAUACCGUUGCAUGUGACUCUGGUACUGGUACUGGUAUAGCUAGUACUGUGGCAGACAUGUUUAUGUCUUCACACAACAACGGAAGUUCUGCAUUUGAUUAUAGUACAAAUGAUUACGGUGGUACUUACGAUUACAAUGGAGGGGACAGUAAUGAAGAUUAUUCUUCUGGUAUUGCAAGUGGCGUUGCUGCGAGUCUUCCUAGCGCCGUUGAAAAUAUUUUUUCUUCUACCAAUAAUGAAGAAUCUUAUGCAUAUGACAGCGGGAACAAUACUUAUGAUGGUGGAAAUAAUGAGACGACGUAUGAUGAAUGUAUUGAGGAUACGACGACAUAUGAUGACGGUGAUGGAGAAGUUAUUGAAGAUUAAGUUGUUAAUGUUCUAUUACGUUGAAUAUUUUGCCAAAAAAUUAUACAUACAUGUGGCGAAAUAUAUUUAAAGAUAAAAUUUUGUAGUUUUUUAUAUAUUAUAAAUACAAUUAUACAAUACAAAAAUAUACGUUGAGUAUACUAAUUAAAUAUAUAAAAUUUCUGAAAAA